AGUAUGUAACAAGUUACCUAACCUCUAAUCAGGGACGCGUCAUAAAAAGGUGGAGUGAAUUUAAUUAUAUUUUUUUUUAUAUUUUUCUUUUAUUUAAAGAUUAGAAAUGAUCUCCUUGUUUAUUAUUUCAAUUUCAUUAAAACAUGCAUUCUCAUUUAUCUUGCCAAAUUUCAAUUUUUAAACCGUAUUCAAAAGGAAAUAAGGAAUUAUAAAACAAAGUAACCUCAACGCCCUUUGACGUUUUCGAUCAUUUUUUCGUUUUUGUUUUUUAAUAAAUAAAUAAAUAAUUAUCAUUUUACAAUAGUUAUUACCAGUGAAAUUAAUAAAAAUAUGUUCAAAGUGAGUUCCAAAAAAUCAAAACAAACAAUGGAGAAGUAUUGAAGAGAAUUUGGGAAUAAUCCUUAUUUUUAUCAUGAUCAACAAUGUCAUAGUACAAAAGAAGUGUAUAAAGAAUUAAAUUCUUUAUAAAUUAAUGUUUAUUUAACAACAAUACAAAUUUGGAAGUUGUCAUAAAGUGGGCUAAGAAUAUGGUGAUGGCAGGAACCGAGGGCGUGUCAGGGCCAUCGACAGACGAGUCAUUUUCGAGCAGGCUGCAAUGGCUUCGUCAACGUCGAGAGGCACUUCAAGACAAGCUCGCUCAGAAGAAUAAUGAGUUGAAGACCCUAUGUAUCGAGGAAGCAGAAUUGACAGGUGUUCUGCCACCGGAAAUUCCCCUCGAGCCGGGAGAAAGCCCUCCAACAUUCCGCAAACGUGUUGGAACAUCGUUCACCUAUCCUCAGAAUAUGAUAAAUAAAUUAAAGACAAACGAAGCCGAGGAAUCAAAAUUGGAGUUAGAACGUCAAGUACAAAUUGGAAUUCAAGAAGCUGCCCUGGCGAUAAUAAACGACUCGACGGAAAACAAAGCUGUACGAAGGAAACAUCGACUAAUUUAUCAGCAAAGCAAACAGAGACUUCAAGAUAUUGAUGUUUGUCUCAAUUUUAUCAGGCAAAGUCAUGGCUCCUCGGCACGACACACUCAAGGCAUUCAUUUUCAAAAUUCACAAUCACUCUCCCAUAAUUCGAAGCAUCGGACGAAGAAACCUCGACCACCUCUGGAUAAUUUAGGACGAGAGAAGAGCAUAAAACACGAAGUAAGAGGAAGUUUACAAGACCAAGGUGGAAUAAGUCUAAGUCCCUUGGGUCCCGAGCACAAUUACAAUGUUUAUUCACGAGAAUUUCAAGAGCACGACACUCAUCAGUUCAUGCAACCGGGUUCCUCGAGUAAUUCAAAUCAAAAUCGUACAAAUUACAUUGCCGCGAGUCCAGUGGACGUGAGACGAAAUAAUACCAAAUUUCACGAACACGACGUGAACGUGAAUAACAAUGUUUAUAUUCUACCCGAUCAAUUUCGCUCUCGUACAUAUUCACAGGGCGCAAGUACAAGUCCAUUGAGACAGAAUUUUUAUCAGGACGUAGAGCGACCGUAUCGUCCCGUUCCAAAUACAUUUACCGAGGAGGAGAGGCAAUAUCGACAGAUGCAAAUGCAAAAACUCGAAAUGCACAGUCCAUCAUAUUCGGAGAAAUCAAUUCUCAGGCAUUUGGAUAAUGACUCUCAACGUCGUAUGGUUCAAACGCAAUAUUACGAGAGUGAAUACAAUUCACCAUCGCGAUAUGAGCAGACGAUUGACUAUCAAUCUUAUGGAAAAGCGCCAUUGCGUCAUCGUCGUGAGCGAGAUCAUGCAACAAUUGGCGGUAUCGAGAGAAAGCAUCAUUCGGCAAUGCAACCAAAUGUUGACACUUACCUUCCGCCUGGCUACUGGAUGAGACUCGACGAUGAAAUUGUCUUCUGUCCCGAGGAGCAGAAUGCCGAUCGUUUUGGAAGUCUCGAUCGAAGAAAGCAAACGAAUUCACAAUAUUAUCCAAAUCCGGAAAUACAAACUCGCUACAAUACUGUUGCGUCGGGAUCGAAAAAUAUUAUUCUACCGCGACAGCAUUCAUCACAGGUCCCAAUAAAUUCAUCGGAACACACGCCAUCGAAUAGAAUCCUAAUUCGCACGCAAUCAUUAGGCAGCGUUGAAACAUGGCACGCUGGUCACGAUUUAAGCGAGAGAGAUCAGGCUGACAAUUUAAGUCGAAAGGGAAAGGAGAAAGAAUGGUAUGAGACAUCACUCGAUUCACGUUGCAGUCCAAAUAUAAUUCCAAUUUCACCAUCAGGAUCAUUUAUUCCAAAUCUCGUACGUCGACCAUCACAAAAUAGUCAUCCACCACCUCCCCCGCCACCACCACCCUCAACAUCACUAUUAUCCUCCUCCUCAUCAUCAUUAUUAUCACAAUCAUCCGAAAUUCCAAUAAUAAUUCGUGAAAAUGAACAACCACCACCACCACGUCGACCAAGAGAAUUGCCACUCGACGAGCAAUCAUCGCAAUGCAAUUAUUCAUCAUUGUCACAAAAUCAUUAUCACGAGAGGCCAAAAGUCCUUGAAAUACCAGCUGAAUCAAAACCAUCAACACUUGAUAAUGGAAAUGAUCCAAUAUUAACGUCAUUUAAUUCACCGACAAAUCACACGAUUGUUCAACAGGGUAAAUAUCAGCCAUAUCGUGAAGUUACCAAACCAUUUGAGAUGUCUGAUUUUUAUAAAUAUUCCACGAAAUUUCGCAAGAGAAAUGAAACAUCAACAACAUCGUCAACAUCGUCAUUGGGACAUAAUUCAAAUGUUCAAGUUAAUUCAAGUGAAAUAGUAACAAAUAUCCCUGGAAAUGAUAAACCACGUAGGGUAAGUCCAGUACAAAAAACUAACUAUCAACCUAAUCAAAGAAAACCACAAAUGUACGCUUUGAGAUAGAGAAAAAAAAAUUAGUUAUUUACUUACCAACGAGAACUUAAUUAUCGUUCUCUCAAAUUAAUCAUCCUGAAGUUCGUAAUUUUUUAGAAACGAAAAAGUCAAACGAUAUUUAUUCUUUUUGCCUAAUUGCUAACUGUCUUCUAAGAAAAAGUUAAUUCGGAAGAAAAAAAAGAAGACAAUAUUUAUUAUGUUAGCUUCAAAUUUAAAUCAUUUAUCUAAAUGAUUUUUUGGAAGAAAUUUGUGAACUUAAAGAUGAAUUCACUUGAAAAAAAAUUCCUUUUCGUUUUUAAAAAUACUUCAGUUUCAUUCAAAUUAUUUAAUAUUUUUGAAAGAGAAAUCAACAAUAUUUUGUUAUUCGUCAAAUUGACGAAGUAAAUCAGUGGCCUUGAUAUGAUAAGACAUUUUUUUUUUAAUUCAUUGAUGUUGGUCAGAUUUUACUUUUUUAAAAAAGGAAAAACUAAUAAACCAGUGCCUUCGUUCGAUGAUAAUUACUGGGAGCCAAAGACUCGGUAUCAAGCAAGUUUUUAUAUUUUCUAUUAAUAUUUAUUGAUACGCCACAUAUCGUAUCUAAUUUAACUAAUUAAGUCAAUUUAAACAAUUUACCCAUUUAAUGUACCUGCAAUUAUCAACGAAAAAUGCCUUUCUUCUGCUAAACAAUAACAAUUCACAUUUCUAAGGAAGUUUACAAAUUAAAUUUCGAUUUUUCUCAAAACAAAUAAAUUAAAUUUAUAAAUCAAUUUUUUUUAUUC